AUUGAAGAUGAAUGAAGUAAAACAUAUUAAAAAUUCCAAUUGAUUGCUUUUUUGUAAGAAUUUGGUAGGAAAGUAAUGGUAAAAUAAUAUAAAUCAAUUUUUUGUGCUGGGCUAAAGUUAGAAGGUUGGCUAUUCAUACAAAAAAGCAUUGAAAUCUAUCUGUUUGUAUUUUAAGACAUUGAGACUGAUUAAGACUAGAGCAGACACCAUUGUUAAUAUAAAAUAACAGCUAAAUUAGAUUAAGCAAUGGCGAUGAUUCCAGUCUCAUUGUUUUCACUGUCUAGUGAACAAGUGGAGUGCAAGAAGUGCAGUGGACUUUGACGUCCGAGUGUGUUAAUAUAAUUACACGGAGAAAAAAUUGACUGGACUAGAAGUGGAAAGUGCAGAACACAGCUGAUAAAAAGAAGACAAGUGGAUCAUUUUAUGUGACUUUAGAUAAAAUUUCCUGAAAAUAUGUAUUUGUGGUGACGACGGAGCGAUAUAAUCGCAUUUUAUGUAUUUAUGUGUUAGACUUCAACAAAAUAUAUUUUAUUAUUAUAUUACGUGAGGUGCGCCUAAGCGAAAGGUAAAAUUGAGGCGUUCAAGGUGUCUGCAAAGGUGGCGGAGCAGAGGAAGAUGUCGUACCUGCGCGGCUCGGCCAACUACGUGUGGUGCACGACAAGCGUGCUCGGCAAGGGUGCGACGGGUGCUGUGUACCAGGGCGUCAACAAGAACAGCGGCGAGCCAGUGGCCGUGAAGACGUUCAACCAGCUGAGCCACAUGCGCCCUGUCGAGGUGCAGAUGCGCGAGUUCGAAGUGCUAAAGAAAGUCAAGCAUGAGAACAUAGUCAAGCUGCUUGCCAUCGAGGAGGAGCAGAACAGCCGUGGCAAAGUCAUUGUGAUGGAGUUGUGUACCGGUGGCAGUCUCUUCAACAUUCUGGACGACCCUGAGAACGCGUACGGCCUUCAGGAGGAUGAGUUCCUGCUGGUGCUGGAACACCUGACGGCCGGAAUGAAGCAUCUCAGGGACAACAACCUGGUGCACCGCGACCUCAAGCCAGGCAACAUCAUGAAAUUCCUCGCUGACGAUGGCGCUGUCAUUUAUAAGCUUACCGACUUUGGCGCCGCUAGGGAGCUCGAGGAGGGCCAGCAGUUUGUUUCGCUUUACGGCACUGAGGAGUACCUGCACCCAGACAUGUACGAACGUGCUGUCCUCCGAAAACCAACUAGCAGGCCCUUCUCUGCGACUGUUGAUCUCUGGUCAAUCGGUGUGACACUCUACCAUGUCGCCACGGGCUCCCUUCCAUUCAGGCCCUUUGGGGGGCGCAAGAACAAGGAGACUAUGUUCUACAUCACGACCAAGAAGGCGUCCGGCGUAAUUUCAGGCUUCCAGACAAGUGAAGACGCGCCCAUCACGUGGUCACGAGAACUGCCUGCCUCAUGUCAGCUAAGCCACGGCCUCGGGGCACUUGUGACGCCGCUGCUGGCUGGAUUGCUGGAGACAGAGCCUAACAAAAUCUGGACCUUCGAACAGUUUUUCUCUUCCGUCACGCAGGUUACGCAAGCUAAGCGUGCGCAAAUCUGGACGUGGCACGUUCACACUUGCCAGAUGCUCAGGAUCUACCCAUCAGUCAAGGAGUUGAAUUUUGAGCUGCUCAGCGCAGAGAUCGAGAAGCAGUCGGCUGUGGCGCCAGCGCACCAAUUACUUCUUCAUAAUCAGGUUCAGGUCAAGCAUGACAGGUGGCCUCUACAAACUUCCAGGCAAAAGCCGCUCAUCCUUUUCCACAGGGAGAACAAUAACGUUGCCCUUUUGGACGCUGGAGAGGUGCCUAAAUUCCCGUCGUUCCAAACGCCAGUUCAAUUGGAGGCGGACGCGACCGUGUCAAAGAGCUGUUGCAGCGUAGGCUACUGCGCAAAGCGGCAAACAGAACACGUGUCGCAAGCGUCCACGUUGGCUGAGGAGGCCACCAAGGGUCUGUCGAGGCUGAUCUCACGCGAGACUGCCGAGGUUGACGCCCUCAGGGCGCAGACCUUGCACCUGGCUUCUGUCCUCUGGGGCCGGGCCCAGGCCGUUAUCAAGGCUCAGGAGAUAAUUGCCAAACUGAAGCCUACAAUUAGCAACAGCUUGAGCGAGGAUCUUCGAAGGAAGCAGGUUGAAGUCUCUCGGCUGCAUGUCGAACUGGAGAAACUUGCUCCUGUGCUGAAACAGCUUAGCAGCAAGGAUCUGCUGAAGGAGUGGCUCAACUUGUCAGAAGGGCUUUCAGCUGAAAGAGGCGCGUGCGAAGCAAAUAAAGUUAGCUCGCUGGUGACAAGACUAAAAGACAGUUGGCAGCACCUGUUGAGGGACAGGGCCACUCGGGAGCCUUCAUACAACGACGAGCAAUUCCACUUGCUGGAAAGGAUCAAAGCCUCCGAGACUGCUAAGAAAAUCGUCAACUUGCUGAGCACUCAAGUGCUGCCCUUUGCUGCUGCUCUUGCAGACUCACUUGCUGACUGGUACAAGUUAGCACAGACCUCCUUUCUGCAGGUGGAGAUCUUGAAGCGAGACAUGCUUCAGGCGCAGUCACAACUUGAGCGACUGCAAGAGAGCUAUGAGAUAUUGGAAGAAAUGUUUCUGUCAAAUGCAGAAGUAAGCGCAAGCAGGCCCAGUUCUCCAGUUGAGGAUCGCAAGUCUCGUUCGCCGACCCCAAGUCCAAUGCACAGUCUAUCGCCACCAGUACCUGGAGGCAAAACUUCCCCUUGCCGCAGUCCAGCUGAUGUGCUGGCCGUGCAAGAGGAGAUUAAUCAACUCCUCAAGGAUAACUCGCAUCUCAUCAGCUUCUUCAACAGCCUCUCAUUGGAGAUGCCUGACCUUGAUGACUAGCUUCACGACUGAUAAUUGACUCUGUCCAUAUUUAACCUUCCAAAAUGAAGCGUUAUAUAUUAACUCUGCGUAUUUUAUGGCACUGUGAUUUAAGAAUAAAUAAUUUACACCAUUCCUUAAAAAA